UCAGUAGGAACCAUGGUGAUCAUAUCUGUUGACCGCUAUGUGGCCAUUUGUCACCCUCUGCAUUACUCUGUCAAAAUCACACAACAAAGAGUUCAAAUCUGUGUGUGUCUGUGUUGGAUUUUGCCUCUGAUUGCUCAAUGUCUAAAUGUGAAGGAUAACCUGAAGCCGCCGGGCAGGAACAACACCUGCGUCGGAGAGUGUGUGAUUGUCCUCAACUCUAUUGCAAGAUAUGUAGACAUCGUCAUAACCUUUAUUGUUCCCAUUACUAUCAUCAUAGCUCUGUAUGUGCGAGUGUUCCUGGUUGCUGUGUCUCAGGCUCGUGCAAUGCGCUCUCAGCUUGUACCGAUCCAGCACUCAGCUACAGUCACUGCAAAGAAAUCUGAGUUGAAAGCAGCCAGGACUCUCAGUGUUGUUGUAAUUGUGUUUAUAAUAUGUCUGUGCCCAUAUUACUGUGCUGCGCUCACAGGCCAAGACAACUUGCUCAAUAGUUCAUCUGCUGCCUUUGUGAUAUGUCUGUUCUACUUCAACUCCUGUCUAAACCCCAUCAUCUACGCCUUCUUUUACCCCUGGUUCAGGAAAUCAAUCAAGCUCAUUAUUACCCUUCAGAUUCUGCAGCCCGACUCCUGUGAGGCCAAGGUGCUGUAG